UGGGAACAAAAUACGCGCGGUGCGUCUGUGGAAUGUCAUUGCUAUGAUUUCGACUGCAACAGGUGUUUGACAUGAGAGGAACAGGUCAGAGCAGUGUGGAGGGCUUCUACCAGACGGCCUGUGGGGCAGCAGACACCCCCCCGUCCCAGUGCCCCCCCCAGGGCUGACCAGGGCUCUCACUGUUGUGCUUCAACACCUGCACCUGUGAGGAUGACUCCAUUACUCUGAGCGCUUGACUCUUUGGGCUGAAAGAAUCGACACACUUUCGCUUGCCAGAGUGAGGCAACAUGGACGCAGUGAACCCCUCCUCCUGACGCAGUGAACCUUCCGUGUUCAGAGGCCCUCAUGUUGAGCUUGAGUUGCGGACACCUGGCUGCCACACACUCUUAGUCAUUGAUGUCUUUCUUUAUUGACACACACACUGUGGAUGUAUCCAUGAAGCACGUCUGACCUGUGGCUGAGGUAUGAGGAAGGCUCAGGCGCUAUGAGACCAUGUUAUUGUUAAUGGCGCUGUUCAAGUAAACAACAUCAAGCUGAACUGAGACCAUGUUAUUGUUAAUGGCGCUGUACAAGUAAACAACAUCAAGCUGAACUGAGACCAUGUUAUUGUUAAUGGCGCUGUACAAGUAAACAACAUCAAGCUGAACUGAGACCAUGUUAUUGUUAAUGGCGCUGUACAAGUAAACAACAUCAAGCUGAACUGAGACCAUGUUAUUGUUAAUGGCGCUGUACAAGUCAACAACAUCAAGCUGAACUGAGACCAUGGUUAUUGUUAAUGGCGCUGUACAAGUCAACAACAUCGAGCUGAACUGAGUUGAGCUCAAGUGAGCUGAGGUUGGGUCGGGGGGCGCCGCCAUGGCGGACCUGGGCUUCCUGAGCGGCCUGUUCGAGGCCAUGCAGACGCACUCUCCGCUGCUGGGCCGCCUGUGGCUGCAGAUCAUGCUGGUGUUCCGCAUCGUCAUCCUGGGCACCGUGGCCACGGACCUGUUCGAGGACGAGCAGGAGGAGUUUGAGUGCAACACGGCGCAGCCCGGCUGCAAGCAGGUGUGCUACGACCAGGCCUUCCCCAUCUCGCAGUACCGCUUCUGGGUGUUCCACAUCGUGCUCAUCUCUACGCCCGCCAUGCUGUUCCUCAUGUAUGCUGUGCACCGACACACGAAGACCAAAGCCCAGCAACAAGGCGGCAGCACCAAUGACGUCCGAGGCAGCAGGAAGUCGCUGGUGCGGCGACGCGAGGAGGAGAACCCCCAGGAGGACCCCCGAGUGAUGCGUCUGUACAUGCUGAACGUGGGCUUCCGCUUCCUGGCGGAGGUGGGCUUCCUGGUGGGCCAGUGGGCGCUGUACGGGUUCCGGGUGGCGGCGCAGUACCCCUGCAGCCGCUUCCCCUGCCCCUACACGGUGGACUGCUUCACCUCGCGGCCCAUGGAGAAGACCGUCUUCCUCUGCUUCUACUUCGCCGUGGGGCUGCUCUCCGCGCUCUUCAGCCUGGCCGAGCUCGUCCACGUCUACCUCAAGUGGCGCCGCCUCAAGAGGACGCUGCGGCAGAGGGACGCUGCUGACCAGGAGAUGAUGGGCGCGGCGGCGGCGGGGGACCAGAGGAGGGCGCUGCUGAGGCAGGGGAGCAGGGGCGCUUUGAGUGCUCCUCUGAUCUCCACCCAGUCUGGCAGGAACUCGGCCCAAGCCUGCUCGUCUCGUCUCGCCGCGCCUCUGUGA